CAGAAAGCCGGCGCGGCCCGAAGGCACUUGUUGCUUCUCGCUCGGCGCUGAGAUAGCGGCCGCCUGGACUACACGGUUUUGUGUAACACGCGUGGCGUCGGUGAGUGAGUGAGUGUGUGUGUGAGUGCGUGUUUACACGCGUGUGAUUUGAAUUGCUGCCGGCCGUCAGCGAGAAAGCGCUCUGCGGGCAUCCGGCAAUUGGGUCGUGCACGGUCGCCAACCUGUGCGUCUGUGGUGUGCGUGGAAUUAUGCGAGUGUGCAUCGCAAGGUUGCUGCGAUAGGUGUCUGCAGGUUGUAACAAGUGAUUCUCUUUUCUGGGAAGAUACCGUCCGAUGACGUCACCUCUGCUUCUCUCUGGCUUGUGUUUACCGGGAAGAGCCCACCACAUUCCUAAGAUCGUCGUUACGACGUAUCUGGCCUGAAUCUACCAUCUACCUUCCUGUCAAAGAGAGUGGAUUUCGGGCAGAGGGGCGCCCGGCAACCUGUUGCCGCACUGCUGUGACGUCACCGCGGUAAACCGACUGCCAGCGAGGCGAGGAGCUCAGCCGUGACAUUGGCGUGGGCAGAACACCUGUUGCUGGCGGGGUGACCCCUUUCCCCCUGUCACCGCCGCGCGCCAGUGCGUCGCCAGCUCAGCUGUACUGGCGCCACAGGUGUGACGCUGGCCGCGGAUGGUAGGUAAUCUCUGGACGCUGACUUGGCUGCAACAACGUCUCUGUCCAUCGCUACCCGAGCGCCGUUGCCAGCGGACCAGUGAGGCAGUGUGCGUCGCACUGGACAUUCUGCUGACGGGCGUGUAGAAGUGUGUUUGUGUACAGAAGUGUGUUUACAUGUACGUCUUCAGUGUGUGUAUCAACCUUGUGCGAAACUGAUGCGCUUGUCGCUGCCAGCAGUCUUGAAGUAUCUGUGCGGUGUGCAUGACUUGUUUCUAGCUGUCAGGUGCCACAUUAUAUCUUGCUGCCUUCCGUCGGAAACACCCUACAGCAUGGGAGGCAACUGAGAUAUCCAAUAACGUCAAGUCGUCGGUUCUUGAAAGACAUAAAUAUCUUAUAGCGCGGAGAAGAAUCUGCAAUUGUAAACAGAAAAUACCACUGCACGUUGUAACCAUCUUCAUUGUAUAGUACGGUGAUAUACAGCACUUUUUAUGACUGAAAGUUUUCUUGUUUCAUCAAAAUCUCCAGUGAAUCACUAGUGGCUUAAGCUAUUAUCAGAAAUCUCCAGUGACAUACAUUCGAAUUAUUAGUGAAUGGGAAAAGAGUGUUUAGCAGAGGCAUUAAAAGAAAUUGGCCAGCUAUUUCUUUGAAUCAUAUUUGGCAGGAAUCUGUUUGCCGCAGACAUACAGAUUAUCUGCACCCUUUUACAAGCCAUUCGAAAUUGUAGAGAAAAGAGAGGAUGUGUGCUAUGAAUAUUAGUACAUAACGUGAAGCGCCAUGGGUACCAACCCCAGGUGGUUGAGUGAACAUGGAGGAAUCACUGAGAGACCGUGAUCGACAACCGAGGAUCCUGUUGGACAAUGUGAUAAUGACCCCACCACACUCGGCAGUGAAGCCAGGGUCUUCAGCCAACACCAUGGAACCACGAACUGUGGCAGCCACUGAUGCUGAGUCUGACGUCAGAUGCUGCUGCUGCAUCCCAUACCAGCGGGUCUCACCGACUAAGGCUUUAGCUGCAAUCACGGAUGUGGAGUCCACUGAGAGGACUUGUGAUGAGCAGAGUGAACAGGAGAAAAUGUUGCUCAGUGCUGCGAGAGAGGACAAGGAGCCCCUGGUUGCUUCUGAUUUCACAGGAGACCCAUCGUCAAAGCACGAAGCUCCAGGAAAUUCUUCAUAUAGUUCACAGGUUUCUGGUGUACUGGACUGUGAGGAGGAGCUUCAGGGAGGUCAGAUGGACAGUGCUGAGGCAAGUGACAAGGAGAAGAAACACAGUGACGAUCCACCGUCACCCCCGAGGAUCACCCUCGCCAUUCCAGAAGAUACCGAAGACCUCGACGAGGGUGACACGGAGAGUUUUGAAGAGUCACUACCCCGCCACCAGCAGCUGAGGAAACAGCUGCUCAAGCACAGGAUGGCGUCAGCUGAUGACAGUUCCAGCUCCAGUGACAAGGAGGAAGCCUCGUCCAGGAGCAAAGAUGGGAACGAAGUGGAAGGCAGUGACGACUCCCCAGUGGCCUCCGUCAGGGACCCUCCUGUCUUCGGUGUGGAGCAGCUGAAUCGCUACAAACUGGCCAAGACUGCACAGCUCAAGAAGGGUGAUAGUUCAGAAUCUGGGGAGGAAACAGCGACUCAGGUCGAGCAGCGAUCGCAGCGGCCUAUAGGAAUCCCGAGGUACCAGUCGGCCAGUGACGACACCCCUGACAGUGGGGCCAGGUCUCCUUCUGUGGACAGUGAAGUGGUGAAGGCACGGCCAGUCAAGCACAGUGUGGACGGCGAAUCCACUUCAACGGUCGCUAGCGCUGACAGCGGUCACCAUCGACUUCAUCCAGAACGGCGGCACGGCCACCGCCACCAGAACAGCCAGGCACCACGCAUGGGCCUCCGACCACUCCGUGAGCUGCGCCUACCCCGCCCACCCCCGGAACCUGAGGACGACGAUGUGUUCCCCACCUGUGGACGCUCCAAACCGUCGCCCCCUCCACCGACUGUAGAGCCGCCACCCCCAGAUGAUCCGCCUCCACCCUGGGAGACAGAGGAGCAGAACACAGUCUAUAUCGGGGGUGGGCUGCCCGGUUACACCAUGUACCAGCAGUCUCUGCUGGGUGUGCCCUGCCCACACGACUACGGUGAAGCCUCCAGUGACGACCUCAGCUCGGAGUGGGAUUCAGACACGCCGCUGACGGAUUCGACUGCUGCCGAUGCCCAGGGAACAAAGCCUUCCGGUUGGAGAAAACUACGGAACGUCGUUCAGUGGACUCCGUUCUUCCAAACGUACAAGAAACAGCGCUAUGCCUGGGUACAGCUUGCUGGCCAUCAAGGAAACUUCAAAGCCGGUCCCGAGCAAGGCACGAUCCUGAAGAAGCUUUGCCCCAAAGAGGAGCUGUGCUUCCAGGUGCUCAUGAAUGACGUGCUCAGGCCCUACGUCCCAGAAUACAAGGGCCACGUCACCUGCGAAGACGGAGACUCAGUAUACUUACAAUUGCAAGACUUACUGGGCGACUUCCAAUCCCCGUGUGUUAUGGACUGCAAGAUAGGGGUGCGCACCUAUCUGGAGGAAGAGUUGGCCAAGGCCAAGGAAAAGCCCAAGCUCCGAAAGGACAUGUACGAGAAGAUGAUCCAAAUCGAUCCUGAAGCUCCAACAGAGGAGGAGCAUCGCCUCAAGGGUGUCACCAAGCCGAGGUACAUGGUGUGGCGAGAGACCAUCUCCUCUACAGCAACACUGGGUUUCCGCAUAGAAGGUAUUCGCAAGGCAGAUGGAAAGUCUAGCAAAGACUUCAAGACAACUAAGACCAGGGAGCAGAUUCUCAAAGCAUUCAGGGAUUUCACGGAAGGAUAUCCACAUGCAGUGCCAAAAUACAUUCAGAGGUUGAAAGCAAUCAGGGCCACCUUGGAAGUUUCUGAAUUCUUCUCUUCGCAUGAGGUGAUCGGAAGUUCCCUGUUGUUUGUGCAUGACAAGCACAAUGCAAACGUGUGGCUCAUAGAUUUUGCCAAGACACUGAUCCUGCCCAGCGGCACGGCAAUCGACCACGCCUCGCGCUGGGUGGUGGGCAACCACGAGGACGGCUACCUGAUCGGCAUCAACAAUCUCAUCAGCAUCUUCUCCGAGAUGGCAGCAGAGUCGGCCACGGCUCCGGGCGACAACACGUGAGCGCCGGGCGCGCGCCAUUUGCGUCGCCCCGUGGCCGCCCCCUGCAACAUGACUUGCCUGGCAGACCACACCUGAGAGGCCAAAGCCGGGCCGAGAACUCGGCCCGUGCGCCGGUUGACUCCCGUGCGAUUCCCAUCGACGCUGUCAUGACUCGGGACCCCUACACUAGCGAUACAGGAGGGUGCGUGUGGCAGAGUACUGUUACCGAGUGACAACGGAUGUUACAUGCUGCCCUCCCUGAUGUGUCACUCAGUGUGUAAUCUUGCACGGAGUUGUGACAAUUGCUGAGACGAGAAAUGAGGACUGCACCCUUUUGGGAUUGUCAUUUUAAACAAAGCUGCAAUUGUGACCUGCUUCAGUGUACUGAAUUAAUACAAGCCUGGGACUCCUUAGUGCAGUUAAAUUUUGUUUUUAAGAUGGCUGUUUUUCCACAUGAAGUGGAAGUUUUUAAUGUGUAACAAUUGAACAUGACCAGCAGUUACUUAAAUCAGAUCAACACUUGUCAACAAGCAACACCCGAAAUGAAAUAUUAGGUGAAGCUAUAUUUUGGUGCAGUAUGAAACUACUUCUUCUCCAUCAGAAGAUGAUAGUAUUCACUGCUUUGCACUGAAAUAUUUUGGUUAAAUACAUGUUAGACUUGUACAGGAUGUUGUUUUAGAUAAGUGCAAAUGCACAUGCAAACAACUUGUGGGACAAAGAAUGCUCGGAUGUAAGAGAAAAUUUUGUCAAAGUGAAUCAUUUAUUUGAAAUGUCACUACUCGUGUGAUUUGUUAAAACCACUUGUGUGUUUUGUUAAUAUUGGAGACAAGAAAUCCAAGUUUCUUGCAGCUCUUAACCAUUCUCAACAAAGUAUGGUGUUCCAUAUUUUCUGACACUUGUCAGCCAUUCUCAGAGUAUGUGGAAAUAAUGUAUGUUCAUGCUAAGGUUCUGGCUAAAGUGUGGCAUCUGGGAAAUGAGCCAGAAGACUUUUUCAACUUCUGCUUGGUAAAUGAAAUACAUUAAUCGAGUCAGAAGCUGUUUAAAAAUCACUCCAAUGUAUUUCAGAUUGGAGGCUAAGUAAUUUAUUUAAUUUAUAUUAUAAUUUUGCAGCAUUUUUUCUGUACUUUACUUGUAAUGACUCCUUCUACUUCAGAUGCGAAUCUGAUACAUAGAAGUCAGUUAAGCCUAGUAGAUAUACAAUGUUGUAUUAAGACUGUUUCUCAGCAUUUUGGAUAAAAUAUUGUAGCAAAUGCUUUAAGAUGUUAGCAAUAUUAUUGUUAAAUGCACUAUAUAUCUGAAUUCUAGCAUUUUCAAUGUGACAACAGCUGUAGUGGCACGUAAUUGCCUCAAUUCAUAAUCUUUAGAGUGUCUGCAUGAUUUCUGCCAAUUUCUGUUGCUUGUGAACACUGCUUGCAAUGAAUAGCUGUAGGUGUGGUGUAAAUCUGUAACAUCUGUAGCAAGCAUAGCUUUGAUUGUAAUUUUUUUAUUUAUCUCAUAUGUGAUAACUAACAAAAAUAUUGCUGUCUGUAGACACUUGCGGAUUUGCCGAUUAUUUGAAUUAUUUAUCACUGCAGACUAUGUAAUCAGCUGAGUAAUAAAUUUUAAGCUCUAAAGGAA